AUGACGGACCUUGAAAAAAUAUACUACGAUCCGCGACAUUACGCGGGCUAUUCGGCAACUGAUAAUCUGUAUCGCGCCGCUAAACCAAAAUUCUCCCGUAACGGGGUCGCACGAUGGCUCGAAUCGCAAGACGCGUACACGCUGCAUCGUCCAUUGCGCCGGAAAUUUCCACGCUUGCAUUACAACGUAACGAAUAUCGACGACCUGUGGGAGGCCGAUUUGAUCGAACUCCGAAAUCUCAAAAGUUACAACGACGGCUAUUCGUAUUUACUGGUAAUUAUCGACCUGCUCAGUAAAUACGCCUGGGUGGAGCCGUUACGCGAUAAAACGAGUAAAGGCGUAACGGAGGCCCUUCAACGCGUGCUCUCGAGAAACGAAGGCCGCGUGCCGGUCUACCUGCAAACGGACAAAGGCAAGGAAUUUAUCGGGCAGGCUUUGCAAAGGUUUCUGGAGGAAAAGGGCAUUCGUUUUCGAGUAGCCCGUAAUCCAGAUGUCAAAGCCGCCGUCGUCGAACGGUUUAACAGAACGUUGAAAGAACGAAUGUGGCGUUAUUUCACGCAUAAAAAUACGCGACGUUACCGCGAUGUUCUGCAGGCUAUCGUAAGCGCUUACAAUCACACCCGUCAUUCGUCCACCAGAAUGCAGCCGGCGAUCGUUACGCGCGAAAACGCCCGUAUCGCGCGUGAAAAUAUAAGCCGACGAUGGCGGCGGAAUGACGAGAAGAAGAAGAAGAAGAAGAAGAAGAAACAAAUGGUUAAAUAUCGCGUCGGCGAACUCGUUCGGAUCAGUAGAGCAAAAGCCGCUUUCGAGAAAGGCUACGAGUCCCGUUGGAGCGAAGAGAUAUUCCGAAUUCAUCGCAUUCUCGAGUGGCGAAAACCGCGUGUGUACGAGUUGAGCGAUUUAACGGGCGAGACCAUAGAUGGUAUUUUUUACGAGCAAGAACUAGGCAGAGUCGAGAAAAACCUGAGCGAGGAAGAGUUCAUCGAUCGCGUGAUAGAGAGCAGGGGACACGGCGCUAAUAAACAGCUGCUCGUUAGUUGGCGCGGUUAUCCCAGCAAGUUCGAUUCUUGGAUCCCCGCCUCAAAUUUAACAUCUCUUCAAGAUGAGGGAAGAUCAAUUUCUCCUGGUCCUUCCGAGCAAUAG